CCCUUUUCAAAGGAUGUGGGAAAACGAUUUAGGUACAGAAUUUGAUAAGGAGGUAUGGCUGAAGAUCUUGUACUACCUACUUACUAGUCCAAAAAUUAAGAAGACUAAACUACAAAUUCAUAAAUACCCCUGUUAAAUUAAACUGUACGUUCCCGGACACUUCACCAAAUUGCCCGAAAUGUAGGACCGAGAAAGGAACUUUUUUGCACCUAUUCUGGCACUGCAAUAAGCUAAUGAAAUGCAUAAUUACGGAUAUGAAUAUCAUUCUCUUCAUGGUGAUGUAUCCUGAAUAGGUCCACAAAGGUAGAAAUAUGCACUAUCCUUCUUUUGCAUAUGUGGGUAUUAUUCUAAACACUGGCUAUUAUUUCUAAUGAGCUCUGCCCCCCAAAAGAGACCAAAUUUGAUUGGGCCGGACCAGAUCAAAUCUGAACCAAUCAUAGAUGCCGAUGUUUCACAAGUUUGGACAGCACAGUCAUCUACAGUACAGUACAAACUUGUGAAACAGAUACUUUGAAAAACAGGGUCGCAUAAAUAACAGAGGGAGAUUUUACCAUAGUUCUGUUGCCAAACUUUGCAUCUGCACAGUUCUUCCAGUAAAUGUGUUUUUGUGAAAUGAUCUGUGUAAGUUAUUCAAAGUAGUCCUUGUGCGUAGAGUUGUAAUGGUUUGUUAAACUUUGAAAUUAAUGUUUUUUGUUUGGCAUCCAUUUUAAAGAGAAAAAUCUUAGUCAAAAGCAUAAAUCCGUUACCUUGGAAAUGCCUAACUGCAGGUUCUAGGUUUAAGGGACCACAAUGGAAAUAAGUCACUUAUUUUGUGUAAAAUAUGUGAAAUGUGUGUAAUAUGCAUUUUUAACUUUCAGAUAAAAUCAAUCAAUGAACCUUCAUAGCCCUAGCACUUGUGGAAUAUGUAAGUAUUGGAUAGGUUUAAAGCAAUAUGGUGAAAGCUUAACAGGGCUGCAAUCGUUGUUUAUACCUAUCCAAUCAUUCAGAUGUACCUGAAGGGCAUAAGAAGUGUAAUGGAGAAAUGUAAGAUCACUAAUGUUCGUAUUUAAAUUGCAUGUGACUGACAAUGUAUAACAUAUUCAGAGUCUCUGUAACCUACAUGAUUCACAUACAGUACUCAUCAACUCUGUAGUCUCCAGACAGACCUCAAGGUGUCCACUGAAUAUUUGGAAUGGUUUUACAUGUCUCUUGUUCGCUGAUAAUAGUAAUUGACGUCAGCUAAUCUCUGAAGGUCCUAGUACAAGGACCGAGGACACAGAGGAACACGUACACACAUAGCGAUGUAUUACAUCAUAUAUCUCAGGGUAUAUAAGCUGUGUUCUUCCUAAUGGAGGUGGAACAAUUUUUCUGCUUUGAAGCUGAUUUUUGUUCCCUUGUUGCGAUCAAUUUUUGCAACUAGAAUUGUAUUCUUAUAUCCACUGGGACUACUAGUGGUUAUUUCAGGAUAUGGCCAGUGACUCUAGUCUAACCAUUAAGGUGCUGACUAUUUAAUUGCACAGGGUUAGAAAGGGAUUGAUUUUGAUUACAGGGUCAGUUUCUAGCAUUUUAUUAUACUCAAUCGGGUAUAUAUAUUUGCAUUAGGCAGAACAGGCUGUAAAGGACAGUAUUGCAGAUACAUGUCUUAUUGAAGAAAGAUACUUAGCUUAUAUCUUAUUGAGCAGGUAUGGCAGUGAGGUGGUGUUCCUAUAGGUUUAUUAUGUUGGUAGUGUUUGCAUGUUAUGCUGAUGCACAGCCCAACUGGUGGUUUCCGCCAACCAACAACCCCCAACCUCAAGUUAAGCCUAAGCAGCCCCAAUGGCCAGAGCCCCAGUGGCCACAGCAGCAAACUCCCCAGAAACCACAACAGCGGACUCCCCAGAGGCCAGAGUCCCAGGGGCCACAGCUGCAGACUCCCCAGAGGCCACAUCAGCAAACUCCCCAGUGGCCACAGCCCCAGGGGCCACAUCAGCAAACUCCCCAGAGGCCAGAGCCCCAGAGGCCACAACAGCAGACUCCUCAGAGACCAGAGUCCAAGGGGCCACAGCAGCAAACUCCCCAGAGACCCGAGCCCCAGUGGCCACAGCCCCAUGGACCACAGCUGCAGACUCCUCAGUGGCCACAGCUGCAGAAUCCCCAGAGACCAGAGCCCCACGGGCCACAGCUACAGACUCCCCAGAGACCAGAGCCCCAGAGGCCACAGCCGCAGACUCCCCAGAGACCAGAGCCCCAUGGACCACAGCUGCAGACUCCCCAGUGGCCACAGCUGCAGACUCCCCAAUGCCAAGUCGAGUCUAAGGAUACAGUGCAAUGUGGAACCCCUAAAAUUACUUUGGUUCAAUGUGAGGCUAUCGACUGCUGCUUCAAUGGACAGCAGUGCUACUAUGGGAAGGCAGUGACUGUGCAGUGUACCAUGGAUGCUCAAUUUGUGGUGGUGGUGGCCAGGAAUGCCACUUGGCCCAAAAUAGACAUUGAUACCAUCAUUCUGCUGGGGGGAAACAACGGCCCCUGCAGUCCUGUUGGCAUCACUUCAGCCUUUGCCAUAUACCAGUUCCCUGUCACAGCCUGUGGAACCACUCUGAAGGAGGAAAAUGGUUAUAUGGUUUAUGAGAACAGGAUGGUGUCUUCCUAUGAAGUGGGGGUCGUACCCCAAGGCGCCAUCACCAGAGACAGCCAAUUUGAGCUGCUGUUCCAGUGUAAGUACUCCAAUACCGCGGUGAAGGCUCUGGUUAUUGAGGUGAACAGUGUUCCUGCACCCGCUCCGGUUGCUGUUAUGGGACCGCUCAGAUUGGAACUCAGACUAGCCAAAGGAAUUUGUGACACCAAGACAUGUAAAGAUGAGUCCAGUGCCUUCACAUCGUUUUACACUGAGGAAGACUACCCUCUCACUAAAGUCCUGAGACAACCUGUAUACGUUGAGGUGCGCAUCCUGGAGAAGAAGGAUCCCAACCUGGUCCUAUUGCUGGAGCGCUGCUGGACCACCUCUGACCCCAGCCUUGUCAGCAUGCCCCAGUGGGACCUCCUCAUUGAAAAAUGUUCCUACCAUAAUGAUAAGUACCAGACCACCAUGGUCCCUGUGGAACUCUCCUCUGGCCUUCUGUACCCCAGCCACUACAAACGCUUCAUCCUCAAGAUGUUUACCUUUGUGGAUCACACUCUGGCUCCCCGCAAAGAUACAAUUUUCAUCCACUGUAGUGCAUCUUUGUGCUACCCUACUCCAUGGGACUCCUGUGAACCAAAAUGCAACAAACAAAGAAGAGAUGUUGCAUGGAGGAAGACUAGGCAAACUGCUGUGGUCUCCAGUGGAGAAGUGGUCCUGGUUGACAAAAAGCCAGCCUAGCCUUCAAACUACUGAUACUAGCUACAGUUUGUAGCAGGAUAUGAAAUUAUAUAUUCCGUCCUUCCAUACCCAUUACAGUGUAGGUAUUGAAAAGCACUGGCAGUACUUUUUCUACGAACCUUUUACCUGGCGAUUGUUUCUCAUUUCUUAAUACAGAAGAAACGUGUCUCUUAUAAACGUCCUUGUCCAGUUGCAGGUGAUACUCCAAAAAUGAGACUAUUCAGAAAGAUAUUAAAUCCACUUUUUGCACCGAGUGAGGAGUUCCCUCGCCUUUCCCAACAUAUUGCAGGGACUACUCUUUUCUAUGCGACACGGUGCAGCAACGCGUAGAAGUAGACAACAGCGCAUCACACAGUGCGACCAAAACAAUGUUCUAUACACGCGCAAGAGGCAUUUCUCAUUAGAUACAAACAGUGGAUUUAAUAUUUUUCUGAAUAUUCUUGUUUUUUUGGAGUUCAAUCUGCAACUGGACAAAUUAGUUUAUAAGACUCUGGAACCUUCUGAAUCGAGAAUGAAGAAUGUACCGCAAAGUAAAGGUUUGUCUAAAAUAUCCUGAUUACGGCUAAACAGCAGUUUAGGCAUGACAUCAGACACAAGCUUGAGCUCUGCCGCUAAAUUUCGUGUUUACAUGGCUAUGAUAAAACAUGGGUUCCUGAUUUCGCAACGUAUUCGUUUCUAAUAAACAGUUGUA